AUGGCGCCGAGCACCGUCCUCCCACGCGCGCUCCUGGCGGCGUGCGUCGUCGCCGUGCUCCUGGCUUCCACGGCGCCGGCGGCGGAGGCGCAGGGGGAGUGCGUGCCGCAGCUGAACCGCCUGCUGGCGUGCCGCGCCUACCUGGUCCCCGGCGCGGCGGACCCCAGCCCCGAGUGCUGCAGCGCGCUCGGCUCCAUCUCCCGCGACUGCGCCUGCAGUACCAUGGGCAUCAUCAACAGCCUCCCCUCCCGCUGCAACAUUGGGCAGGUCAACUGCGCGGCUUGAGGAGCGUAGCAAGGAUGC